AUGAAGUCGGCCUAUACGUUUGCUUCGACCGCUCAGGCUAGCCAGAAGCUGGCUGGAUGUGCUGCCCGACCAGCGUUCCAGAACAGUGACCGGCCGCCUGAGUAUGCCCAAGACAUUACCGAGGCGACCUCAAUCUUUCUUGAAGAUCCUCAACAGGCAUGGGAAUACGGCAAUCGAUUGCUAAAAUUCCUGAUGGACACGAUCACUGCUUAUAUCAAGAAAGUGAACAGAACGAAGUUCACAGUGAAAGCACAGGUUAUUUGGGAAGAUCUCAUGUGCGAGAUCAAAGUUCGGGCAUACCAGAUCCCGGAGAACCGGGUUGUCUUUGUAUUCCAAAGGCUUGGAGGUGAUAGCUUAGCCUUCAACUCGUUGUUCCAAUGUGUUAAGAAGCUCCUCUUGGAGGGAGAUACUGAGCAGCCAGCCCCCGUGAGCUUGCCUGCACCUUCAGUUUCACAAAAGGACCCUCAAUCCGACCUGCAAUCAGACAUGCAAGCAGACCUACUCACGCCCGUGAUCGAUGCCGCCCACAGAGCCGAGGACACCCAAGCACAGGCAGAGGCUGCAGCUACCAUGGCAGCUGCAACCGACCCCAAGGACACCGGCUCUGUACAGCGGCUCUGCAGAGAUGAUGCGAAAUCGGCCAUCCAGAAGCUCCUCGAGGCAAACUGCUUCGAGGUGUCGUGCCAAGUGGUGCGAUUGCUCGUGAAGCUGGCCAUGUCACCAGGAGCCGAGGCUCUUUUUCAAUGUCAAGGUAUAAUGGAGAAGGUGUGGCACCUGGGUACCAAGAGCAUGUGGAACUUUCAGAGAAAUGGCGAAACAAGGCUCAGGGACCAGCUUAUGCAAGUGAUAGAGCGAAGCUCUGGCAACAAGUUGGGCCGCAAGGGGUCGGCUCUGUCUGAUUGUGCAGAGGUGAAUUCAUAUGUCAACCACACUGGGGUUUUCUAUGAGGAAGCUCCGCACAUCUCAGCAGGUCGGCGGUGA